GACAAGCGUCGCUGCGUUGAUCACGCCCGGCAUGGAACUGCGGCCGUUUGACCUUGAUAUGCUGCUGAUUCCGCUGGUCUCUCAGCGCCUGAGUUUGCGACGACAGGUGCUUACAUCGCGGCCAUUGCGACACGAGGAGCGGGAUUGGAGCAAGGGCGGUCUGCAAAAGCCUGAAGGAGGUAGAAGCAACCGGCUGGGAAACAUACAGUGCACACGCCAAACAUCACCUAUGAGUCAAUGCGUGCAAGAGAAGGCUCGUGACUUUCUUUUUGCAGUGGGACCGUGGGAUUCCUUAGAAGCCCAUGGAAGCCUACGGAGACUCUACAACAUCUUUGACAGCUCUGGAUGUUUUAAAGUCUGUAUAGACUCUUGAGCCAUAGUGAGCGAUUAAGACUUGGGGCGAUUCACUUGGCGCUGUCCAAAGUCCAGUGCCUUUCGAAAUCAAUAGCUGCUAGGUUCCUCAAGUGUGAAAUAUAUAUAUAUAUAUACGUUCCCAGUACGUAGACGAUGUUCCGCACAUGACGGUUCAGGACCUGCUGGGUAGAGCUGUUCGUCUCCAGCUGUCCGGAUAUACUUUUUGACCAACGGAGCGGUUCGCGACCCAAAUUUGAGACAACGCAUACGACCGGAAAGCACCACCGCCCACCGCGGGUGUCAGCCUAUAUACAUAAAUCCAUCCGAAUCCGCGGUGCAGUGACGUGGAUUUGGGGACCAACCUGGGAAGGACCAAGCAAAGCUUUGAUGGAAGUUCUGGAUGUUCAUUAAAGACCAGAAAGGAUGUGGUCUAAAGAAAACAAGAGAGUGCACAGAUGCUAUUGAUAAAGGUUGACUGGUCCCACUGGUCGUUUCCUUAGCACUAAUCAGAGGCAAACGGAAGGGUAGUGCACAGAAAGGGUUUUGCAAACACCUAUUCUACUAACAUCGUGGAAGGCGUGGGACAUUCGUAGAACCCAAGGCUAUUCGUGGACAGUUCGUGGAAUGGUGGGCCAGUAGGAGAACUGACUGCAACGAAAUUCCAGAAACCUUCGCAGAACUUUGUGGAAGGUAUUUUUGAUGCACUAACUUCGUAUAAUUUUUGCUGACCCCCUUUCUCCACACACACCCUCCAUUUAGCCUUCAACUAACCGCAGCAACAAAUGCUGCAGCUCUUGGUCGCAUGAUGCUCAACUGACAAAGACUCAGUGAAACCCUCAAACUUACAGUUCAAACCAGUGUGCCCAAUCCCCAGACUGGUUCCUUACUGCGGCCAGACUGGACUCCAAAAAAGGUUGAUCGAAAGAUCACAGUGAUCCCUUGAGUGCCUUGGCCUGUGGGAGUCCUGGCUGGACUACCCAGCCCAUGCAAUACCACGCUCCGUGCUGCUUCGACAGGAAGUUCGGCUUGACGGCCAAAAAACCCUUGGGCGCCUCUGCGUUGUUCUGUGCGACGUGAGCGGGUUUCUUCGCUGAAGCGCAGGGGGGGGUGGGUGGAUGUGGGCGGUGGGUGCGGCGUGCUGAA